CUUGAGCUUCCCCAUUCCGACAGCCAUUGAACGCCGCAACAAUGGCCUUGCCUCUCCGCUGUGCGCGCUCUGGAGCCGCGCUCACGGCACAGACUCCCUCGACCAUGCGCGCCGCCAAUCUGCCCACCGUGUGCCGCCGCUACCUCAACCAAGACGUCAGGAUCACGAGGACGGGCAAGCCUGUCCUGACCGUGUCAGGCGGCAGAUCCUCGCUUGGAGGUUAUACCGCGACUGUGUUUGGAGCAACAGGCUUCCUGGGACGAUACAUCGUGAACCGCCUCGCUCGCUCGGGAUGCACCGUCAUUGUUCCCUUCCGCGAGGAAAUGGCGAAGCGACAUCUCAAGGUUGCAGGUGAUCUGGGCAGGGUGGUCUUCUUGGAAAUGGACUUGCGCAACACACAAUCCAUCGAGGAGUCCGUCCGACACUCUGACAUUGUCUACAACCUGAUUGGCCGCGACUACCCUACCAAGAACUUCGACUUGGAGGAUGUGCACGUACACGGCACGGAGCGCAUUGCAGAGGCUGUUGCCAAGUACGAUAUUGACCGAUUUGUGCACGUUUCUUCCCACAGCGCCAGUCUCGAUUCCCCAUCCGAGUUCUACCGCACCAAGGCCCGAGGUGAACAGGUCGCGCGGGAGAUCUACCCCGAAACCACCAUCGUCCGACCCGCGCCCAUGUUUGGAUUUGAGGACCGUCUUCUGAACCGUCUCGCUGGUGCCACCAACGUUUUGACCUCCAACUGGAUGCAAGAGUACCUGUACCCUACCCACGCCAUUGAUGUUGGCAUGGCCCUGGAGAAGAUGCUGCACGAUGACACCACCGCCGCUGAGACGUUCGAACUUUACGGUCCCACCGGCUACACCAUGGCUGAGAUCAACGAGCUUGUAGGUGCCGAGAUUAUCAAGAACAGGCGCCACAUCAACGUUCCCAAGAGACUACUCAAACCUAUCGGAGCCGCGCUUAACAAGUACAUAUGGUGGCCUACCAUCUCAGCGGACGAAAUUGAGCGGGAGUUCAUUGACCAAACUAUCGACCCUAAGGCCAAGACAUACAAGGAUCUCGACAUCGAGCCCGUGGAUUUGAAGAGCGUGCUCUACGAAUACCUGAAAGGAUACCGCAGUCCCUCCUACUACGAUCUUCCUCCGAUGACGGAGCGGGAGAAGCGGGAAGAGAAGAAGUAUCUUCACGUUAUCGACGACCAAUAGUUGUCGCUUGGGCGUAAAUGGAAAGACUUGUGUAUAUAUCUGAAUCAGUGUAUCUCGGCCAGGGUGGUCUGUAGAAUCAUCGGCAUUUUCAUUUGUUUAAACAUCGCAC